AUGAAUUUAAGUGAGUUAAGAGCAAGAUUUAAAGGAGAUGGAAAGUCACCAAAAUUAAACAGAAAAUCAGAGGAUGGGGAUAUCAAGACAAAUGAAGAGAAAAAUCGUGAAAAGUUAGAACAUAGUGGGAAUUUUAAAGAUGAAGAAGAGAAAGAAGUAUUUGAAGAACAGUUAAAUCAGUUACAAGAGAAACUAGUCAAUGUUAUGAUUGAGAAUGAAGCUCUCCGAAGUGAGGUAAAAGUAUUUAAAAAAGAAGAUACAGAUCAUAAAGAAUUGAAAGAAAUGCUGGAAAAGAGCAAGAAACGUAACAGUUUAUUGGAGACAAAAUUAAAGAAUUUACUUCCCAAAAAAUCUGGUAGUUUUAAAAAGAAAGAUGGUAGUAAUAAUAAAAAGAGUAAUAAUGAUAAGAUGUCAGAUGUAGAAUCAGCUAUUGAUAUUGCUUCAGAGCUUCAAGACGAGCCAGUUGUUAGUGUUCCAGAGGAAUAUGGUGGUGAGAGACCAGAAAAUAACAAAUCAUUUGGAAAAGGUAUUAUUGACAGAUUUGCCCAUAAAUUAAAUGAUGUAAUAGAAGAUUUUAAUGAAGAAAUGGAUUUUGUACACAUUGAACCAGAAGUAGAAGCAGAACCACUCACUGGUAAAAAGUUGAAAGAGAAUAUUAAAAGGUUUGGUAGAGCAGCUAAACCAUACUAUAAUACUGCAAAAGGAUUUUAUAAUUUAAUUAGUUGGAAAAAUCCGUCCUAUUCACUCACAGUUUUUUCUGUUUAUUUAUAUAUGGUAUGGAGAGGAUGGGUUUUACAAAGUAUUUUAGGCUGUAUAUUUUUUAGAUUAUUUAUACAAUAUUUACAAUAUAGAUGCUGGAAUAUCAAGUUUAAUUUUCUGGAUUCUGGAGAAGAUGAAGAAAAUGAUAAUGAUGAUGAUUUAGGCAUAUCUGAGAAAUUUAACUUGGUCAUUGAAGUUGCCACUAAGGUCCAGAAUGCUUUGGGUGAUGCAGCGGAUGGACUAGAAAAGGUCAAAAGUUUAUUUUCAUGGCGCCAUCCAGAAGCUUCCAAUCUGCUGUUUCUUACUAUUUCUACAUUUUUUAUAACCAGUUGUACACUACCUCUUCCUUAUUUAUUUGAACUGAUCGGUUCAAUGAUUGGUUUUAAAUUAUUCAUUAUUGAUAAUCUUUACCGAAAAUAUCCUCGACUUAAAAAGAAAUACGACACAAGUCAUAGAAUCUGGAUGUCUUUACCUACAGACAGCCAGUAUGAAAAGAGACAUAUGACAUCACAGAUUGAUAAAUUUAUAUUAAAACAUGGUAAGAAAGCCUAUAAAGAUAAAGAUAAUGAUGAUGAUGAUGAUGAAUUAUCUAAUGAAGAUAAAGCUUUCUGUCAACUAUUCUCCUUACCUGAAACAGAAUGUCCUUUACCAGGUUGGCAAGGUGGAAGACUGUGUACAUUGAUCAAUAGAGAUAAAUCGCUUGCUUCAGCUUUUAAAAGUGGCAAGUUAUAUCUUACCAGAAGUUUUCUAUGUUUUGAACGAAGUAAAUCACCAUCACCUAAAAAUCUUGUGAUUCCAUUGGCUAAUAUUGGUGCUUUAGAAAAGGCAAAACCAUAUCCAUGGUUACCAGGAGGAGGAAUGUCCAUAGAGGUUACUCUAGCCAAUUCAGAUAAGUCAUUUAUAUUUGGUGGGUUAAUAAACAGAGAUGAUACCUUUGAUAUGAUCCAAGAAAUAGGAAUGUUGUCAAAUCUUCCCUGGGCUACUGGUGUACCAUUAGAGGAACUACACAUUUCAAAAAGAUUAACGGAUCUCAGUAAAAAGAUUGAGCCUCAACAGUUCUCAAAUUUUAGUUUAGGAAUGGUGUAUGAAGAAUCUGAGGAUAAAAAAUCCAAGGACUAG